AAAAAUAGAAGUUUCUGGCAAGUGUUCAUUUAGCAGUUAGCCAAGUGAUGAGCAUUUGAUUACUGCUAAUUUUUAAUCAACUGCUCAUUUUUUAACUUUGCUUCUUUCCAUUUAAACCCUAAUCCUUUGGUUCUAUCUAUCUAUGGAUCCUCGUCGACCUUCUCGCCUUAUCGAUCCAAAGGUUCGUCGGGUGGGUUUUUUCGCACCCGACCCGGAUAACCAUACCGGAUUUGCCUCAUCUCCCUACGGCAACUCUUCAUCUCCGGCGAUGAUCCCUCACGCCUUCGACAGCGUCUCACAAGCUGUGCCUGUUCCCAAUUCUACGUUGUCGCGGCCUCGACGGACUUCUUUUGACGAAAGUGAGCAAUUGGUGGUUGGAAGUUACAAUCCUAUGCAGUCCAUGCUGGGAACUUCACCGGCGUCCAGCGGAAUUGGUGUAGACGGCGAAUUUUCCGAGGACUCCUCUCAGUGGGUUCGUUUAACUGAUGGUUUCGGUUUGACUUCACCCGCGAUAUCAAUGACUGAAUUGAAAGACGAUCAUGAUACCUCUGGCAUGGAACGGGUCAGUGGACUAGUGGCUGAAACACCAACUGAAGUAGAAAGAAAUGCAAAGUCACUGAAAGAGAAGACCACCAAAGCUGAAAGGCGUGCGCUGCAGGAGACUCAACGAGCUGCAAAAGCUUCUGGAAAAGCUGGGGGAAAAUCUGUGGUAAAGUUACAUGGACAGUCUGGUAAACCUGCUAAGCAGCCUCCACAAAAGAAAGAUGGUGGACAAAUGAUGUCAUCUGCAGCUAUUUCUGAGACAAAAGGAGGUGACCGACCACCGGAGAAGGAUCGCAAGAAAGAUGUACCAGCUCCUAGGAUGCAAUUUGAUGAUAAGAAUCGUGUUGAAAAAGCUAAGAAGCGUGCACUAGUUAAAAAGAUUGAAGCUAGAAAUAGAGUAGAAUUGUUUCGGCAUUUACCGCAGUAUGAACAAGGAACUCAGCUACCUGAUCUUGAAUCAAGGUUUUUCCACCUUGACACCAUGCAUCUUGCAGUUUACAAGGUCGGAUUGCAGUAUUUGGCUGGAGAUGUAGUUGGGGCCAAUGCUCGCUGUGUUGCAAUGCUACAAGCAUUUCAACAAGCCAUCAAAGAUUACUCUACACCUCGUGAAAAAGCUCUAGGUAGAGAUUUAACAGCAAGAAUCAGUGGCUACGUAUCAUUUCUUAACGAGUGUAGGCCUCUUUCUAUUAGCAUGGGGAAUGCAAUUCGCUUUCUGAAAGCUCGUAUAACCAAGUUAUCUUUAACUCUUUCUGAGUCAGAAGCAAAAGCUGCUCUUUAUUCAGAUAUUGAGCGCUUCAUGAAUGAGAAGAUAGUAUUAGCUGGCAGAGUAAUAAUAAGACAGGCAGUUAUGAAGAUCAGAGAUGGUGACGUUCUUCUCACGUAUGGUUCUUCCUCUGUUGUUGAGAUGAUUCUGCUACAUGCUUAUGAGCUUGGGAAACAAUUUUGUGUAAUAGUGGUUGAUUCUCGCCCUAAAUUUGAAGGCCGGGCACUACUUCGGAGGCUGGUGAGAAAGGGCCUAAGUUGUACAUAUACUCAUAUAAAUGCUGUUUCUUACAUUAUGCAUGAAGUCUCUAGAGUGUUCAUGGGUGCUGAAUCUGUAUUAUCUAAUGGAACUGUGUACUCUGGAAUUGGGACUGCAUGUGUUGCUAUGGUUGCUCAUGCAUUCCGUGUUCCUCUGCUGAUUUGUUGUGAAGCUUAUAAGUUUCAUGAGAGAGUACAACUUGAUUCUGUUUGUUCCAAUGAGCUGGGUGACCCAGAUGUCAUUUCCAAGGUUCCUGGUAGACUGGAUGUCAAUUAUUUGGAUAACUGGACAAGUAAUGAUAAUAUUCAGCUUCUGAAUUUGAUGUAUGAUGCUACUCCGUCAGACUAUAUCUCAAUGAUCAUUACAGAUUAUGGCAUGAUACCAACGACAAGUGUGCCUGUGAUUGUGCGCGAGUAUGGGAGAGAACACCUCCUGAUAUAAAUUGUCCUGUUUGGAUGUGGCAAAGAAGGAACAACUACCAACUUACUGGCAAUUUUUGCUGUCAGAUAACAACACCUUAAAGGAAAUGAAUGCUUGCAUUAAAAAUUAUUUACCAUAUUAAAAAAAAGAAGAAUGCAUGCAUUAAAUUUUUUGUCUUGUGAGAUCAUAGAAAUUUGCACAGUUCUCAGUAAGAUGUUUCUUUUUGUUAGGUUAUAUUUACAUAGUUCCCUGAUAAAAAUAACUAGGUCAUAGUUGUCUGGUGAGUUGGAUGGAUUGGUUGUAUAUUUCAAUGCAAAAUUCCACAAUUUUUUU